CGCGCGCUUUUCAUGUUUCUGGCGUCUCUUUUGGCGAAUUUUCUGUUCUCAGAAGUUGCUGGGUUCGUUUAUUCAGCGGCAGUGGUGCUUCCCCGAAUCUCAAAAUGCCUGUUAAAAGAUCACUGAAAUUGGAUAGCCUGUUAGAAGAAAAUUCAUUUGAUCCUUCAAAAAUCAUAAGGAAGAAAAGUAUUAUAACUUACUCUCCAACAACUGGAACUUGUCAAAUGAGUCUAUUUGCUUCUCCCACAAGCUCUAAAGAACAAGAGUACAGAAAUGGACUAUCAAAUGAAAAGAGAAAAAAAUUGAAUCACCCCAGUUUAACUGAAAGCACAGAAUCUACAACAAAAGACAAUGAUGAAUUCAUGAUGUUGCUAUCUAAAGUUGAGAAAUUGUCGGAAGAAAUCGUGGAGAUAAUGCAAAAUUUAAGUAAUAUACAGGCUUUGGAGGGCAGUAGAGAGCUUGAAAAUCUCAUUGGAAUCUCCUGUGGAUCACGUUUCUUAAAAAGAGAAAUGAAGAAAACCAAAGAACUAAUGACAAAAGUAACUAAACAAAAACUGUUUAAAAAGAGUUCAGGACUUCCUCACAGAGAAUCAUGUCAUCUUGACAGCUAUGAAUUCCUUAAAGCCAUUUUAAACUGAGGCAUUUAGAAGAAAUGCACUCACCAUAAGCAUCAACUUCUGCAUCUGCCUGAUCAUAUUUAAAGGAACAGAGAAAUAUUUGUAAUUAAUCUGCCCAGUAAAUACCAGCUUGUAGCAGUCGGCAGGUGCACGUCUAGAUAAAAUUUCUUGCAGCUAAUUUAAACUUUCUACACACACCAGUAGAUAAUCUCAAUGUAAAUAAUACAUUUCUUCUUGACUCUUUAAGCCAACAUGGAGAGGAGGAUCUUGACUUAUAUUCUGUAGCACAUACAUUUCUGUGGACUUCUAGCACUUGUGGGCAGACUUAAUAAUAAAGCAUGUAUAAAAAUGGCA